AUCGCUGCGGCAGAGCGCAUUCCUAUAUCGAGAGAGCCCUCUUGUUUUGUUUGUUUCGCGUGCUGAUCUCCAGCGCCAUUCAUGGCGGACCUCCUUCAGAGCUCGCAACGAAUCCUCGCCAUCAAACCCAUUCCUUCGUCCUCUAUCAACCAUGGAGGCGUCUGAAAACAUGAGUUCUUUGAAUUUCUCGAAUGGUUUCCUUCCCAACGAUCUAAUCAUCCAGAUUUUAUCAAAAUUGCCGAUCAAAACCCUCUUCAGAUGCAAACUUGUCUGUAAAUUUUGGUGUAGAUUGCCCUCUGAGAAGUAUUUCAUCGAUCUCUAUUCCCAAACAUCGUCCAAGAAUCCAACUUUGUUGUUAGAAAUCAUAUGUACGUUGCGAACUCGAUCCAGUUACAUAUGUGUUGAUAGGUUCUCUGGUGGUUUGGGUGUGUCUUUGGAUUUCUUGAAUGAUAGGGUUAAAAUCAGAGCUUCUUGCAAUGGUUUGCUGUGCUGUGCUAGUACUCGGAAUCGUGGAGUUUACUAUGUUUGCAAUCCAAUGACUAGAGAAUUUAGAUUACUUCCAAGGGCUAGAGGGAGGGCCAUCACUAGAUGUCAGCCUGAGUACGAAGCCACCCUCAUUGGAUUGGCUUUUGAUCCAAAGAGUUGGAAAUAUCAAGUAGCUCUUGCGGGGUUUUACCGUCCUUUUGGUCGCCGGCCACAUGACCAGUUGGUUUGCCUAGUUUUGGAUUCUGAUACCAAUGUUUGGAGAAGGUUUGUUACCUGUCAAUAUGAUGAGUUCACACAUAUGAAUCGAAACCAAUCAGUAUUUGCCAAUGGUCUCUUGCACUGGCUGACGUAUAGUUGUUCUCAUGUUCUUGCGCUUGAUUUGAAAGAUGAAGUCUGGAUGAAGAUAUCUUUGCCAGAAGAAAUUGUAGCUGGUGGAUUGGUGUGUAGGGUUUAUCUGUUGGAGUUGGAGGGCGAAGUGUCUGUGAUUCAAAUGUCGGGGUGUUGGAUGAAUAUAUGGGUUCUGAAGGAUCAUGUGAGGGAGCAGUGGAUUUUGGUGGACAGAGUGCAUCUUAGGUGUAUUAGGGGACUUGCGACGAAUGCGUUUCCAAUGUGCCAGACUAGUGAUGUGGUUUUUUUAGCAGCUCAAAGAAAGGUUUUGACAUAUGGUCGGAAGGAUAAGGUAUGGAGGGAGGUCUAUGCUGAGCAAGAUUCUUCUACCUAUCCAUUGUGGUUCUCGGCACAUGCUUUCCAGAGCACACUUUUCCCAUGCAAUCAAGGUGAUUUUCUCGAAUGAUAUAUAUUGGAAGUGUAUCACAAUAGGUCAUUAACAUUUUUUUUUCCAUUUCCUAGUAGUUAUUGUUGUAAAUAGAUGUGCAUAAAUAAUUUCUAGGCUUUGAGCUUCUCAAUUUAUAAUUCCUUGCUUUUGAUAAUUUCUUGUGAACUGCAAGUUUGUAUUUAGUGUUCUUGGUUGUCUCCUUUUUAAGUAUAUAUCUUUAUUUUCUUUCUU